AAUCAGUUUUGAAAACAUACUUGUUUUUGUGUGAAAUAGUGUCAAAAGUGCAUGUUUUUAAGUUUCCGAGUUGUAUUCGCCUAAACUAGUGGUUCAAAGUUAUUAAAAUUGUUACAGUUCACGGCAGACAAUUGUACUUUUACGUUCGCGCUUGGUUGUGAAAACGAUUCUACACACAUUCUCAAGCAUCGAGCAAGAUUAGUGUUGUGGACUAGUGUUCGGAUCGAAGCCAACCGCCCGGAAGGAAAUGGGUCUGUUGAGCGAAGGAAGCCCCCUGACGUGGGACGAAACGAAGGCGCUGGCACAGCAUGUCCGCGAGCACGGUAUCGAGCAAUUCAUCAAUCUGUAUGCCCGGUUGAAGGACCGGCAGGGUGACGUGCUGAAGUGGGGCGAUGAGGUGGAGUACAUUAUCGUGCGCUUCGAUGACGAGGGGCGAGCGGUACAGGUGUCGUUGCGGGCGCAGGAAAUUCUGGCAAAGUUGAACGAGAAGGAAGCGGCGGAUCCGCAGGGUGUGAAAUCCCUCUGGCGUCCCGAGUACGGUGCUUACAUGAUCGAGGGGACACCCGGCAAACCGUACGGUGGCCUACUUGCCCACUUCAACGUGGUCGAGGCGAAUAUGCGCUACCGGCGCAUGGAGGUGGCCGCGCUGUUGCCGCCCAACGAGUUCGUUAUGUCGAUCACCAGCUUUCCUCGGCUCGGAUGUCCCGGAUUCACGUUUCCACCGGCCGUUCCCACACCGGACGAUGAGGCGUGUGCCGCACGAUCGAACUUCUUUCCCGACGAAGCCAUCUUUCCUGGUCACCCGCGGUUUAAGACGCUCACGCGCAACAUUCGUCAGCGGCGGGGCGAAAAGGUGUCGAUUAAUUUGCCCAUUUUCCCCGAUCGCGACACGAAGACACCGGUCGAGGGCAGUAUCGCAGCGCUGCCGAACCACGUGCACAUGGACGCGAUGGGUUUCGGCAUGGGGUGCUGCUGUCUGCAGCUUACAUUCCAGGCGUGCAACAUCAGCGAAGCACGCACGUUGUACGAUCAGCUGACGCCGAUGUGUCCGAUCAUGUUAGCCCUGACGGCAGCUAGUCCGGCGUAUCGCGGCUUUCUGACGGACGUGGACUGCCGCUGGAACGUCAUAUCGGCGUCGGUCGACUGCCGGACGAAGGAGGAACGCGGCGAGCUGCCGCUGAAGAACGAUCGGUUCCGCAUCUUUAAGUCUCGCUACGAUUCGAUCGAUUCCUACCUCUCGCCGGCGGGAGAUAAGUACAACGAUGUGCCUUUGGUGCUCGACGAAAAACUCUACAAGCGGCUGCGCGAGGGCGACAUCGAUCACCUGCUCGCCCAGCACAUCGCCCAUCUGUUCAUCCGCGACUCGGUGUCGCUGUUCAGCGAAAAGGUACACCAGAACGAUCGCGAGGACACGGACCACUUCGAAAACAUUCAGUCGACCAACUGGCAGACGAUGCGGUUCAAGCCGCCACCGCCGAACUCCCCAAUCGGCUGGCGUGUCGAGUUUCGGCCCUGCGAAGCCCAGCUGACCGACUUUGAGAACGCCGCGAUCGUGUGCUUCGUGGUGCUGCUGACGCGCGUCAUCCUCUCGUACCAGCUCGACUUUCUUAUCCCGAUCAGCAAGGUGGACGAGAACAUGCAAAACUCGCAGAAGCGGGGUGCCGUGCUGACCGAGCGGUUUUGGUUCAAGAAGAACAUCACCGCCAUCCCGACCGGCGAUCGGGCGGGAUCACCGCAGCAGGCGUUCCAGCCGACCUCACAACACAACGGUACAGCUGCUGAAAAGGAAGGAGUGGAGAAGGCCGAAGCGGAAGACGAGUAUGAGCUGAUGACGAUCGAUCAAAUCAUCAACGGCAAGGGCACGUUUCCGGGUCUGGUACCGCUGAUCAACAGUUACCUCGGUUCCAUGGAUGUGGACGCGGACACACAUUGCACGAUCCAGCAGUACCUGAAGCUGAUCCAGAAGCGUGCGUCCGGCGAGUUGAUAACCACUGCCAGCUGGAUACGGAAGGAAGUUGUCCAACAUCCCGAAUAUAAAAACGAUUCCGUACUGAACGAAGGCAUCUGCUACGAUCUGCUGAGAAAGGCCAAGGACAUCCAGGAUGGCGUGCUGGCGUGCCCGGAGUUGCUCGGCAACAACAUCGCCUCCAAAACGACGGACAACAUUCCGGCCGCCAUCGAGAAGCAUCUUACUAAGCGAUGUUAGUAGCAUUUACACAGUCGGACCUCCUUUAGGAGAUGGAAGAGCCGUUGGUGUAGGAGCUGACUUAAGUUUAUAUUUUACUUUCUGUCACGGGAUGUUAAUUACGCCUCGUAUAUGACGACGAUCGACCGGUGGUUGAUCCCGCGCCACACCGGGACGUCGCCUGGGCUUGCACUCCCCACGGAUCUCUGGGGCGAUGUGCGACCCAAACAGAAUGCGGGUAUUUGUUAUUGUACGUCAGAGCGAGCGACCGGGAGGCCUAAGGGCUGGUGAUUUUGUUUUAAGUCGUGCAAUGCAUUUUUGGCAAAGUUUGUAGCAAGUACGGUGGUUAGGCUUGUUUGUCGCGACCGUGGAACUGCAACCGAGUGGAUGAUUGAGUAAGUUUUGGUUUAUUCUUCUCCGAAUUAUCCGUUCAUACUGUUGGGAUAAAUUGUUUAGUGUUUUCCCCUUCAUCCCAUCGCUACUUUGAUUUUUUGAUGUUCUCCUUCCUAUCACGUGGGCAGGUGAAUGUGGAACACACUUAUUAGAGUCGACUAUAUAACGUAGUUUUUAGAAUUGUUUGUUAAGUUUGCAGUGAGCCGAUGUUUUAUAUUUGUUUACUUUUUUACUAUGCACAAUUCAGGGACACUUUCAAAUUUCGUGUUUUGGCAAUAGCAUUCACCAUCCAAGAUCAUGUAAAACUAACGGCUUACAAAACCAAAAUUUUGAAAAUGUUUAAUUAUAAGCAAAAGCAAUUUUGAGAGUUCUUGUUCAAACUAUUUUCGAUGUGAAUAACCAGAUACGUAAGCAAAAUCAGAUGGUUUAAAGUUCGCAAAUUCACACACGCAGACACACGCCAGAUACCUGAGAAGAUCAUCGCACCGAUCAGAGUGAAUAGGACGAAUCAAUAGGAAAAGAGUAAGUACACUACUCGUUUGCCACAUACAACGAUCAUACCUUGCUGCCACGGACGGACCAUUCCUAACCGUGGGCCCAAGGAAGAGGGUCCGGAGGUCACAUCUGUGGGAGGAAUGGAUGACUGACGCGAAGAAACGAAGAACAAAUCCUUGGAUAGCCAGCACACACACAAUAGCAAGCAAACAGAACAAAUCGUUAUACACAAAUAUAUGAAGUAUAUAUACAGAUUUAUAUUAGAUUUUCAGUAAACAUAAAUGUUUCUGGCGA